AUGGCAAUGAUUAUCCUUGCACUAAAUGGCUUGUCAAUGUUUUACAGGAAGCUGGGAGACGGUCUGUUCCUGAAGUGUUGUGAGGAGGUGGCCCAGUACUACCCAAAAAUACAGUUUGAGACCAUGAUCAUCGACAACUGCUGCAUGCAGCUGGUGUCCAAUCCCCAUCAGUUUGAUGUCAUGGUGAUGCCCAAUCUCUAUGGCAACAUCGUUGACAACUUAGCUGCAGGACUAGUAGGAGGAGCUGGUAUUGUCCCAGGAGAGAGCUACAGUAAUGAUGUGGCCAUUUUUGAACAGGGAGCUCGUCAUUCCUACGCUGAGGCUGUGGGUAGGGACAUCGCCAACCCUACAGCUGUACUGCUGAGUGGCUGUAACAUGUUGAAGCACAUGCACCUUGAGUACCAUGCCAAGGUCAUAGAGGAUGCCAUCACCAGGGUCAUCAAAGCUGGCAAGACAAGAACAAAGGAUAUGGGCGGCUACUCAUCUACCAGUGACUUUACACAUGCUGUCAUCGACCAUCUCCAGAUGUAGCGCCAUUGACUACCAGUUCUAGGUUAAUUAAUUCAAAGACGAUGAUUAUCAUCUUCAAUGUAGGUCAAGGACAUUGGUUAUCAUCUUCAAUGUAGGUCAAGGACAUUGCUUACUACCUCCAAAGAUGUGGAUACAAUUGUUGGUAAAUUUGUGAUCCUCUGGGUUGUUAGGAGAGAAAUGGCUGGUUUCAAACUGAUCCAAAAAAAUAAAUUAUUGUAAUGUUGUAAGUCUUUUCUUAGUAGCACAGAAUAAAAUAACAAUUGUUC